AUGGCCGAGUCCUCCACGAACUCCCUUGGCCUUGAUUUCAACAAUCUUUCCAUCAAAGAGACAACUGAACCUCCUCAGGCCGAUGCAGACGAGUCACAGGUGCUAGAAAAUCAGUCAACAGAUAGGGACGUUAAGGAGAAGAAGAAGCCUUAUGUGAACCUUGAGCGCGUCAAGACGGGCGGAGCGCAGAGGGAGAAACUUAGUGAAGAAGCGCUCGCUGAACGGAUGCAGCGUAUUAAGGAGCAGAAUGAGAAGAUUAAACAACGUAGAAUUGACGUACAAGCAGAUGAAGACGCGUUCAAGAAGACUCAGGAAGCUGACCGUGUGCGUCAAGCCCAUCAGCGCAAAGUGCAGGAGGGCGUUAACCGCACCCGCGAGCAGAACGCUCUGAGAAAGUUGGACAAGAUUCAGAAUCGUGAAUGGGACUCUGGAAAGCCCCCGGGUGAUUGGAAACAGGCGAGGAACCCUGCUCCAGCUGAUAGAUCUGCAGCAGUUCCAAGUUCCUCGCCGUCUGAACAUAGGGGAGGGAGAGGUCGAGGAAGUAGCAGAGGAGGACCAUCAAGAAGCCGCGGGCGCGGGCGCGGAGGUCCAUCUGUAGCUGGAUUUUCCAGCCCGUCCAAUAGCACUCAAGUUGCCGAUACCUCUUCGUCCAUCAAUGAGGCUACCCCCGUCGCGUCCGAGGAACCUGAGGCAGUUGGAAUUGCUUCGUGA